AUGGUUGAUUCUCCAGUCUGGUUCAUCACCGGCGCAUCUUCCGGCUUUGGAUCUGCGCUUGCAGAAGCGGUACUGAAGGCAGGCAACCGAGUCAUCGCCUCGGCGAGAAACCCAGAGAAGGCUAGACGAGAGCUCCCACAGAUUGAAGAGCUUGGUGGGAAAUGGCUACAGUUGGAUGUCACCACAAGCGAAGUGGGGGAGAACGUCCAGGGAGUGAUACAGGAGUACGGCAGGAUUGAUGUUGAGAUCAACAAUGCUGGAUAUUCCCUUCUUGGGACCCUAGAGGAUAUGAGCGAAGCUGAGAUCUAUCAGCAGUACAACACAAAUGUCUACGGCCCAAUCCGAGUGAUGAAGGCAGUCAUUCCGUCAAUGAGAGCACGCAAAUCAGGUACCAUUGUGAAUUUUACUAGCAUCGCCGGCCUCGACGCGCGUUUGGCCUGUUCUAUCUGCGAUCCAAACCCCCGCGGCCGUGGAACUUCGAAGCCGUACGAAGGCACGCCCGUGCAUGAGACGCUGCAACGUUUCCUCACCCUUGAUGGCAAACAGCCGGGGGAUCCCGUCAAGGCCGUCGCGAGAGUUAUGGAUGUGAUCAACGGGACUGGCAUGGGCGAUGGGGAAACGGGCUUCUUACGACUCCCAUUGGGGCCUGAUUGUGUGCAGAGGACACGGGACAAGAUUAUGUCGCUUCAGCAGAAUUUUGAUGCCAUGGAGGAGAUAGCCCUGAGCACAAAUUUUGAUUAG